AUGCUGCUCUCAGUUCUCAGGGCGGGCUGGCGGGGUGCCCACUACCUCGCUCUACUCGCAUUCCUCACCUUGACCUUUGAUAUUAGCAAAGCGUGUGGCCUCGACUUUUCGCUUUGGCUCGUCUCCUGGUACAUCGCCACCAUUGCCCUCCGACGUGUCUUCAGAUCCUCCGGACCCAUCAAAACAGUUAUCACAAGCGCAACAGUGGCAGAACCCCUGGUGGUCGUCGGAUUCCUCCUUCUCGCCAUCUUCAGGUCAACCAAGGGCUUGUCGGGAUCACAUGAGAUCUGGGAGACCGUUAUUCGAGGAUCUGACCCUAUCUUGACUCUUCUCGAAGGAUUCGGCACAAUCCUCAUCAUCCAAAAGUCUUCCCAGGUCGUGAGGCGACUCGCAGGAAAGAGCGAUGGUUAUCAGAUUGCAUUCUUGGUGUUGUCCGCCUCGGUUUAUGUGACUGCAGGGUUCGGACUCUACCAGCUUUAUGCCGCCUCAGCUCCUGAACUGGUACCGAGCGUCAGAUCAGCCUCGGUCAUCGGCUGCUGUAUGACCCUGACCAUAGUCCUCUCUAUCAUUGCCCUUGUGUCGGGACGUGGAGUUAUUACCGACACCGCUUUCUUGGUAUAG